AUGGCAGAACGUUAUAGGGAUAUAUUUGAUCACUGUCAACCUGAUCCUUUGCAAACUAGCAAUCGUAUUGCAGUUCUUCUGAAUGAGAACUUCCAGCUGGAGGAAGUCAGUCAAGUCGUUGCUCAGAGCACGCAGCAAAUUCAAAAUCAUGUUAGUUGGGUCCCUCCUCCCCAAGGAGUCUUGAAGUUUAAUACAGAUAUUGCUUGGCAAGCGGAUAAAAAUCUUGCUGCAAUAGCUGUUGUGGUAAGGAACUUUUGUGGAAAGAUAAUAGAUGGUGGUGCCAAGCAAUUUAGGUGUGACUCUCCUUUGGCAGGUGAAGCUUUUACUGCAUUGGAAGCAAUGAAGCUAGCAAAAGAUAUAGGUGCUCAGUCCUUCAUUGGGCAAUCUGACUCAAAAGUAGUGAUUUCAGCUCUGAAUGAAAGUGGUGCUAGUCCCCCGUGGGAAAUUAAAUCCAUUAUUUUGGCUAUUAAAGCCAUUGUUGUCUUUGUUCCUCCUAUAGCUUUUGUUCAUGUUAAGAGACUUGCAAAUAGAGCUGCUGAUUAUAUUGCAAAACUAUGCUCUAGGGGUUCUCUUCCUUGUAACAGGUUGUUUUAUUUACCCUGUGAGCUUAUUCCUAUGCAUGUAAUGAUGCCCAGGGGGCUUCUGCUUGAUUCUGCAAUUCUAUGGCAUUUAAAAAAAAAAAAAGAUUCUCCAUGA